ACCGUCUGUCAGGUGACUGUGUCAUUUAAUUUGAAGCAUUCCAAUGCUGGAUCAAAAUUUUUGAAUGUUGAAGUAAUACUUCAAACAUGGGAAACAAACAGAAAACCAUUUACGGAUAUGGGCGCAAGUAGUUCAAAACAGCCUCAAAGGACGACGAGAAAGAGAACAAUCAAAGUAAAACUGAGCAGCAGAGAGGUAAAAAAAUACAAAACCGUUUUUUUACAAUUCGAUACCGAUCAAGACGGUAAAAUUUCUUCAAAGGACUUGGGCAAGAUUAUGAAGAAACUAGGGGAGAAGCCCACUCAGGCCGAUUUGGAGGCCAUGAUUAGAGAAGUGGACACGGAUCACAAUGGCACAGUCGAAUUCGAUGAAUUCUUAGUGAUGAUGGUACGACAGAAACGGAGAGACGAUGAAGAAGACAUCGAGUUGCGCCAAAUAAUGCAUGAGCUCGGUUGUAACUUGUCGGAUGAAGAAGUAAGGGAAAUGAUACAAGAAGCAGAUACUGAUGGUGACGGACUGAUAUCCCUCGAAGAGUUCAAAACGUUAAUGAAAAACUUGCAAAGCUAAGUAACAAACAGAAAGCAACAGAAAUAUUUUUUAUUUGUAAGCAAGUCACUGAAACGAAAAAUAAAUAAAUAAUAGUCCCAUUAUA